CGGUCUCCGGGCUUCUGCUGGGAGCUCUGUUACGAUUACGGUACACCGGGCGUCUUGACUCGGUGACCAGGGAUGCGUCCGCUUACCAACCCCACCUCCGCCCCCAAGGAACUUCGUAAAUUCCCUGCUCCUUGUUGUUACAGAUCUUAUAGCAGUCGGUUUAAAGAUAUAACAUCUCAGAGGGGAGAGAUCUGCGAGAGCGGCCUUAGCAACGGCUUACGGGUGCGGGGGUCUGAUGAGCUUCUUUCUUCUGGCAUCAUUAACGGACCUUUUACCAUGAACAAUUCCACUCCUUCUGCAGGUGUGUAUGCUAAUGGGAAUGACAACAAGAAAUUUAAAGGAGAUAGACCUCCCUGUUCGCCUUCCCGUGUUCUCCAUCUUCGCAAAAUUCCAAGUGAUGUCACCGAAGCAGAGGUCAUAUCAUUAGGUCUACCAUUUGGCAAAGUAACUAAUCUUUUGAUGUUGAAAGGAAAAAGCCAGGCUUUCUUAGAAAUGGCUUCUGAGGAAGCUGCUGUUACUAUGGUGAAUUAUUACACUCCUGUUACUCCUCACCUUCGAAGCCAGCCUGUUUUUAUUCAGUAUUCCAAUCACAGAGAACUUAAGACUGACAAUCUGCCUAAUCAAGCUAGAGCCCAAGCUGCGCUGCAGGCCGUCGGUGCAGUCCAGUCAGGAAGCCUGGCCCUUCCUGGAGCUCCUCCCAAUGAAGGCACAGUCUUGCCGGGGCAGAGCCCUGUGCUCCGAAUAAUCAUUGAGAACCUCUUUUAUCCUGUUACCCUGGACGUUCUUCAUCAGAUAUUUUCUAAAUUUGGCACAGUCUUAAAGAUUAUCACCUUUACAAAGAAUAAUCAGUUUCAAGCCUUGCUUCAGUAUGCUGACCCAUCGAAUGCACAUUAUGCCAAAAUGGCUCUGGAUGGCCAGAAUAUCUAUAAUGCAUGCUGCACUCUGCGUAUUGACUUCUCCAAGCUCACCAGCCUUAAUGUGAAAUAUAAUAAUGACAAAAGCAGAGACUUCACUCGCUUAGACCUUCCCACUGGUGAUGGCCAGCCAUCCCUUGAACCCCCUAUGGCUGCUGCUUUUGGUGCACCAGGAAUCAUUUCCUCACCAUAUGCAGGGGCUGCUGGAUUUGCACCUGCUAUUGGAUUUCCUCAAGCUACAGGUCUCUCGGUCCCAGCUGGACUAGGUCCCGGAGCUCUCGGCCCCCUCGCAAUCACCUCCUCCGCUGUCACUGGAAGGAUGGCCAUUCCUGGGGCUGGUGGUAUGCCAGGAAAUUCUGUUCUGCUUGUCACCAAUCUUAAUCCUGAUCUCAUCACACCACAUGGACUUUUUAUACUAUUUGGAGUAUAUGGUGAUGUACAUCGAGUGAAGAUAAUGUUUAAUAAGAAAGAAAAUGCAUUGGUUCAGAUGGCAGAUGCAAAUCAAGCUCAACUAGCCAUGAGCCAUCUGAGCGGCCAGAGGCUUUACGGGAAGGUGCUUCGUGCCACACUGUCCAAGCACCAGGCAGUCCAGCUUCCUCGAGAGGGACAAGAAGACCAAGGUCUGACUAAGGAUUUUAGCAAUAGUCCUUUGCAUCGCUUUAAAAAACCUGGCUCUAAAAACUUCCAGAAUAUUUUCCCCCCAUCAGCUACUCUGCAUCUUUCCAACAUCCCCCCCUCUGUUACAGUAGAUGACCUGAAGAAUCUUUUCACAGAAGCUGGGUGUUCAGUGAAGGCUUUUAAAUUCUUCCAGAAAGACCGCAAAAUGGCGCUCAUUCAGCUGGGAUCUGUGGAAGAAGCAAUUCAGGCCCUCAUUGAGCUUCAUAACCAUGACCUUGGGGAAAAUCAUCACCUCAGAGUUUCCUUCUCAAAAUCUACAAUCUGACUUCUCUGUGAAUUUUUCUCCUAAGACUGGACCAUGAUUUCAGUAGAACCUUCAGACAUAGACUGAAGCAGCUCAAGACCAAUUCUGCCUCUUUUUCAAAAAUAACUCUUUCUGAGUUUGAUGUUCAAGUAUAUAAAAAAAAUCAAGGGAUGUUCUCUUUUCCCAUUUCUCCCCUCUGCCAGUACGUCAUCAGAGGCGUGUUUUUCCUUUGUACCAUUGUUUCUAAAAUGAAAAUAAUUUUCAGGAAAAAAUUUUUUUUCCAGUAAUUUAAUUCCCUAUAUUAAAUUGGAUUUCAAGAGGACAGACUUUCUUUUAAUUUGGGUCCAGAUCAGCCUUAUACAACAUUUCUAAACUCCUUUGUACUUUGACAAAUUUAAACAUAGAGACUUUUAAAAUUACUUGAUGUAAGUAAUUUAAAUGACCUACAACCAAGUUUUUAACUUUAUGAUUCAGAAGUUUGAGUCCUGUAGGAAACUAUGUUCUCUUAUAAGUUAUAACAGUUAUUUGGCAUAUAUUGAUACUUAUUAUACAUAAAUUGGGUUGUAUUGGAAGCAAAUUGAUAAAACUUGGAUGUUUUCUUUCAUUUUUUUUUUUCCCACUGUAAGACACUCCUUUGCAUAUCUUUAACUUUUUGAAACUAUUUGGAGAAUGAAAUGUCUCAUUUGUCUCCAGGGAAAUUAUGUGGAAUCCAACCAGGAUCUAUUAAGGUGUCAGAAUAAUUAAUUUUAUUCGGGAAAAUCAUGUUUUAAAUUUCACAAUGACAGUUGCCUAGUAAUAUGAUCUUGGAAAAUUUAAAAAGAAAAAUAAUCCUACUUAUAAACUACUUUUUUAUAGUUGUUUUCAGAAAAAAAAAGUUUACAGUCUUAAGGAAAAUAUUCAGGUCUAUCACAUGGUUUGACAGAUUUUUUAAAAGUUAUUUUUGGUAAAGUCUUCUUUUAGAAAAAAAAUUAAUCUCAAGGGUUUUUUGUACCACUAUAAUCUCUAAUACUUAUUCAGAAUUACUGUGUAUUUACUUAAUUUCCUAUUAUGUGCCUUAUUAUGUGCUUAUGAUAUAAUAGGUUAGAGUUUUAUCUAAGUAUCUUAAAAGCUAUAUUGUGGGCUUGGUGAGCAUUUGUUUUUUCUUUCCUUGUUUUGGCAAGACUUUUAAAGUUUUGUUUUGUUUUUUUAAUUGCAAUUUUAAGUGAUUUUCAAGAAGUAAUAGUUGCUAUUCAAAUUUUUGGUGCUUUGGUGUAGAAGUGGGGUGGGGAAGGGUUAAAUGGUUUUGGGAAUAACUCAGUGCACACCUGUAGGCCUCUUCAUAUUGUGACCAGUAGUGGUCAUUGCGCUUAUAGCAUACCAGUUUGGGGCUAUAAAAUGCAGUCUCCGUUUCUGGAUCUUGUCUAAUCUUUAUCACCCAUUAGAAUUUGUCUCAGGAUUGCUUGGUUUUUGUCAUAUACUCAAGUGAGAACUUGCUUUUCUUUGUUAGUGAAGCUCCAGUACUGAGUGCGUGCCCACAUAUAUGCAGUAUGAGAAGGAGUGGGUUCUUUCUCAUGCUCUGUCCCUCUCUUUAGUUGAAUGUAAGCAUAUGUUUUAAUGUUGUUUCAGUGAUUGUAGAAUGUAAAAUUAUUUCUUUUAAAUUA